CAGUCCUACUUAACUUUCACUGCUAUUCUUUGUUUCUCCAAUGUCUCUGGCCUCUCCAUCUACAUUUCUGCCGGCUUCAGUUCCAAAAUAUUAGUUUCUUCGUAGUCUCUCAGUCUCCAUCAUCAUAACUCAUUUUCGUCUAUGGUAUUCUUCUUCUCUCUUCAUUUUCGUCUAUGGAAAGCUAAUUAUUGACCAUUACAUAUGCUUUGGGUCAAACAAUGAAUUCAACCAUUCAUUAAUUUAUUUUACCCCAAAUUUUUUAAUUUAUAACUAAAAAAAUCGGGUUUUGAGUGCUAAUGGGUUAUCAAUAGCCCAAAAGUCCAAUAAAAAACGAAAAUUAUAGAAGCCCAAUAUGAUCCAUCUUCCUUUUUUCUCGAAGCAGCUUUCUUCUCCCGCCGUCAAAAAUUAUCUCUCUGUUUCUUGAAUUUCAUCUACUGUGCAAAACUGAAACUUUAAGAGUUUGUUUGUUUGUCCUCCAUGCCGGCGGCUUCGUCAAAAACAAAAAAUCGUGGGCCAGAAGGCUCGUCGCUGCCUCGUGAGGUGGUAGAAGAAGAGAUACUUAUCAGGAUUCAGAUCGAAGAUGUGAUGCGAGCCAAGUCGGUGUGCAAAGAAUGGUACGCUGUCUUCAAGGACAAGAGAUUCAUCUACAAACACUUGGAUCACUCCCAGGAAAAUCAUGCAGGACGGUUCAUUCGAAUUCAUCAUACUACGUUUCAAAUCAUGAAUCCGGUGACCCUUGAUCUCUUAACUCUACCACUCCCGUCCGAGUUGAUUGUGGGUAGUAAAAUUCAUAAUUGUUUUAAUUCUGUUAUUCACUGCGACGGAUUAUUGCUAUACGUUUUUCGUGACGGAAACGAGGAAAGGUGCAAGCUUGCAGUUUGGAAUCCGGUUUUAAGCAGCAGCAGCGCAGUCAAAUGGAUUGAACCCCCCUUGCAUGCUUCUCCUAGCUUCUGAUAAAUACGGUUUUGGAUACGACAAUGACCACAACUACAAGGUUUUGAAGUUUCAGUACUACCCAACUAAUAGUGAGUAUGAGAUAUAUGACUUCAAAUCUAAACUCUGGAGAGUCUUUCCUGCUAUUACUUUCGAUUGGAUCAUGUUGUGGCAGUAUGUGUCUAUGAAGGGAAACAUGUAUUGGCUUGCUAAACCCAGGAGUGCGCGGGGUUAUUCCCAAAUGUUCAUCCAAAGUUUCGAUUUCUCCAAAGAGACAUUCAAGCCGUUAACAUGUUCUUCUAGUUUCCCCGUUAAGAUUGAGGUUGAUCUGGUCCGCCACGAGUCUCUUAAUUUAGUUGUCUUGUCAAGCUUCGGAGGAGAUAGGCUUUCUUUAUUGCAUCAACACCGCGUUGGACACGACGACACCCCAAGGAUCGAGGUUUGGGUCACAAACAAGGUGACUGAUGCUGCUGCUGCUGUCUCAUGGACUAAGUAUUUUAAUGUGACUCACCCUCAUCUCCCUAUAUUGAAUCCCCGUGCCUACGCUCACAGUAUUCCCACAUACUUUAUCCACGACAAGACCAAUGGUGGUGGUGGUGGUCUCAUGUUAUGGUGCGAUAAACUUCUUGUCCAAGAGGAGGAUAAAGAUGAUGUACAAAUAAAGGAUGAUGAUAUUGCUUGUCCCAGCUUUUACGAAAUUAGUGAGGGAGGUGAGAUCAAAAACCAAGUUGAGACAGGACCACUGUGGUAUGCACGUGGCCGUAGCACUUAUAGAUGUGGCAGUCUUUACGUUCCGAGUCUUGUUCCUCUUCCAGAAUAAGACGCAAAAAUAGACUCUCUAUGUGUCUCUUGUUCUCGCAAAAAUAGACUCUUGUGUGUCUUGUUCUCGCAUGAGAGAAUUCAUGUAUGUUCUUUCUUAAGCGUUUGUCAUGGUCUUUCUUUUGUUAUUCUUGUGUUUGCUUAUGCUGUGUGAUGAAACUUGUGCACUUCUCUAUCUAUACGUUAAAUGUUUCAACUAUAAUUUUUUUACAAUAUAGUCUCGUUUCAUUACAAAGCAGUUGAUGUAAUGUGUGUGUAUGCAUGCGGUUUCUUUUGGAUUCAUAUCAUGCCUGAACCGGACUCGAUCGUUAUCAUAAUCACACGCACACACAUACAUUCAUUUUUGGGUUUAGCAAAACCAAAUUACUGAUGGAAUCUUAGUGGACCAAAAAAG